AUGGAUUACGACUGGACCCAAAAAUCCAAACGUCCUCGGUACCUCUUCCGCGUCAUAACCCCCUUCAGCAACACCACCUGGGUUCCCAAGGUCGGAUUCAUUGCCGGGGACCUAGCAUCUAGCUACUCCAAGACAGUCUCUAUGAAUCUGUUCCUCGCAUCUGUCGAUGCACAUCGAAACGGCUACCAAAUCGCCAGUCCUUACAUAUCAUGCUUCGCAGAUAUAAACGAAGCCGAAAGUUGGACCCUCGGAGCUGGACAGCUAUAUGGCAACGAGAACUGCUACAUGGCCUGGUUCGAUACUACGCAUGAGAAGCUAAGAAAUGCAACAAUGUGGCUCUUUGAGGAUAUUCAGAAGAAGAGCGCUAGUAUAGCUAGCAACUAUCCGCAAUUUGGUAAACUGGAGGUUCCGAUGAGGCCGCUUUGUGCAUGGCCUGUAAAUUCAGAGUGGUUGAUUCUGCGGACCGUUCCGGACGAGGCCAUGGUUGGUUGUACGCUCGUGAGCGGUAUCCUUGCAGCGCGUGCCCGAUCUAUGCCACCAAGCCAACACCCGCAGCUUCCGCUGGCUAAUGGAAUAAUUCACCGUCCCUCUGCAGCUGGGGCUAGACGACUGCCGGGCGUUUUGAUACCACCGUUCGCAGAUGAGGGACAGAACGAACAGUUCUUGGACCAAAUGUUCGCCCAUCAUGGUCUUGCCUUCCAGCCACUGCCACCACUCGCAUACCAUGAGGGGCAUCAUUUGCACCCGUCGGCGGCUCGUCGUGCUCAUUCAUUGACCAGCUCUACACCAAAGGAUCCCGUGCAGGACCACAUCCGAGAGCAUCUUACCGAGAAGAAUCAUGCCAUCCUACAGUUUUUGCUGAAGAAUCCUGAUCUAGGCAGCACUGUUCUUCUAGAUCUUGUGCGGAUGGAUCUUGCCCUAAGCCGUCGUGCGCUCAUGACCCUUGUAGAGAUAAAUCCUCCUUUGGAUAAUCAUAAGGCUAUGGAUAUUAUGCGGUUGGCUCCUGAUAUGGGCAAUCGUGCGUUCAUGAACCUUAUACAGAUGUAUCCUGUCCAGAGCAAUCUUGUACUCAUGAAUCUUAUUCUGACGGAUCCUGCCCUGUGCAAUCACGUGGCUACGUAUCUUCUCCAGAGGGGUCCUGCCCGGCGCAAUUGUAUGCCUACGCACCUUCAGCGGAUGGACCCUGCCCUGGCUGAUCGUGUGCCUACGCAUCUUCAGCAGAUGGAUCCUUCCCUGGGUAAUCGUGUGCCUAUGAAUGUUGUACAUAAACAUCAAAAGCUGGAUGGCCCUAUGCUGGGCAAUCGUGGGCAGGAACACCAUAAGCUGAACGAUCCAGCACUGAUCAAUCAUGUGCAGACGCACCUUGUACAGAAACAACCGUCGCUGAAUGACCCUAGGCUGGACAGCCGUGUGCAGAGCCAUCACAAGCCGGAAAUUCCUGCUCCAAGCAAUCAUGGGCAGAAACACCAUAGGCCAAAGAAUCCUGCCCUGCUGCAAACCCCCCUGCCGCAAGUCAAUAGGGGAAAUCAGCUUGCGGAGUUGGCGAAAGAGGCUUUGCAGAUGCUUGACGAAAAUUAUUGA